GUGGAACUCCGCCAGGGCCGCCAAUUCUGCUCCAGGUUUUCAGUAGAGCUAAAAAUGGCCGUCCUGGUCAACGUUCAUCACUUGCUGCUACCAACACUCACUGCUAAAAUGAGAUGUUUUCACUAGAUCUGGCGACGUAACUAACAAGGUAACAAUGAAGUGUAAAGUAAAUGAGUUGCCAACCAAUGGUGUGGGAAGGUCUCGUAACUGUUCUCUGACUGGCUCUUCUUCGCCUAUCAAGUUACACAGAGAAGAUGCUACACUUAAAACCAGGAGCAACAAAACGUCUAAAAAUGAAGGGAACAUUCUACGAAGGUCAUCUCGACGAGCAACCAUUGAGCGCAGAGUGUGGGCCGUUCCCAAGAAGUCCUCAAAACCUACUCCAACAAAUGUUAAAGAGAAGAGCCCUCAAAAAUCAGUCAAAAAAGAGAAAGAUAAAAAAGACAGAAGCAAAACAGACAUUAAGAAUAUGGAGAGAAUGCAGUUGUGUGAAGGCACUAAGAGAGGCCUCAUCACUCCAGAAGAAGCAGGAAAUGCAAGAAGAAAAGUUAAGAAAAAAGAAGGCCGCAGUGAUGUAGGUACAAACAAAGAUACUCUAAGUGAGGACUUAUUAGCAAGAGAGUAUGUUAAAAAGGAGAAAGUUACCUUUGUGGAAGAGGAUGAUGAAACUGAUUACAAAUCCCAAAUCAGACAAACGUGUAAAGAUAUUAAGUCCAGUGUUGAUUGCAAAAAUGUUUGUGUAAAUAAAUGUGAGUUUGUUGACAAUGAUGAAAGAACAGGUGUUCCUUGUGUGGCUCUCGUUAAUGAUAACUGUCAAAAAUUUAGUUCAAGUACUUUAUGUAGUGUUGUGGAUAACAGUAGAGGAGUAGAGGAGACUUUAUGUAUUGAAGAUGUAUGUCUCAAUAAAGCAGUGAUUGAAGAGGUAGUGCCUGACUGUCAAAUUUCAGAGUCUCAGAAUAUUGAAAAUUCUGUAAAUUCUGGGGGUCAUGAUGCUUUUUCCACAGGUAGUGUUAAUUCCAGUGAGGCAUUUAGAAGUGUAGAAAAUGCAGUAGGUCAUUUUUACAGUGAAGGCAGGUUAUUAGGCAGUGAUAAGUCUACAGACAAUUUUGACACACACAAACAAGACAGUGAUAAAUGUAGACAAGUGAUAGAAAGAGGUGUUGAAAAUGUUGAGAACCACAGUUUAGUAAGUACCUACAGUGACCAACAUGUAAAAACUCAACAACUUAAAAGUGUGGAGGAGCUGUCUGAGAUGAAAGAGAAGUGUGUGCAGGACAUUGGAGAAAAAGAGGUGACAGGCACUUGUAAACCUCCAUUUGAUAUAUGUACUAAGAAUAUUGGUAAAGGAAUAAAUCAAAAUGUUGAAGGUCAAGAAGAACAUCAUGAAAUGAAAAAUAAAAUUGUGAGAGAAAAUGUAUUAGAAAAUAGUGCAUCUAAGGAGAGAGCAAUUUUAAAAAGUGCACUUGCACCAGAGAAAGACACAGUUAGACUACCAAAUAACAUAACUCCAAAUUUUUCCACGAAUAGUGAAAGCAGCACAGUUGUGGUUCCCAUAGAGCAUCCUGAGAUGGAGCCCCAGCCAGACAGUGAAGAAGAGGACCAUGUCUCUUUGAGUGUGGCACUUGCUCAACUUGUUGAUUCUGGCUGCAGCGAUGAGGUUGAAGGUACUGAGACAGUGACCAUUCACUCUGCUUCAUCUGUGGUGCAAGUGACUGAGCAGAAAACGGGGGCAAUAGUGACACUGGAGCUUAACUCAAAAGAUGGGAACAGAGAAAAAAAUGGAAUUCAGGACAACUAUAUUGAAGAUGAAGAAGGUGAUUUAGUUAUCAAAGAGGAAGAUGAUGAUGAUGAGGUUGGGGAUACCUAUGAUAAAAAUGGCAUUAUUGAGAGCAGCAGUGAUGAUACAGGUGAAGACGAAGAGGAAUUCAAGAUGUCAGAUGGUAGAGAGAGCAACACUCAGGGAUGCAUUUCUUUGGUUAGCCCUGACAAGUUAUCUGAAAUAGGACCAGAUGCAGCCUCUCAUACAGAUGGUAAGAGUUUUAAUGAUGAUCAAGAGUUGCGUCCACAGAAGCCAAAGAAGCAAAUUCCACCUUUAAUUAAGAUUAGUUCACGGCCACCAGCCAUAAAAACUCCUCUGAAGUGUCCUGAAUGCCCCAUGCAGUUCUGCACCGUACGAUCACUGCUCUGGCAUUUUGGAACCCAUGGAGCACGAUCACGAGAAAAUUGUUUGCCACCCAUCCUUCUACAAGAUCUAAUUGUUCCAUGGGAUAAACCCACUGUUAAUUUGUUUAUAUCACAGUCUUCAGAGAGUGACAAGAAUGUAGAAAAAGGAGUGAGCUUUGCUGACACAGUUUUAUCAACUUCCUUGUCAGAUACAACAGUCAAACUUGAUGCAUUGGGUAAACAGGAUAUGACAGUGACCACAAUUAUAAGAACAGAUGAUUAUAUGGGUACUAAUGGAGAUGUUAUCCUCAAAGUACCAAUUCCUAGGUUAAAACCCAAGUCUCACACUCCUGCAGCAUUAAAGAAAGACAAGUUUGUGAACAUCUUGCCUAAGAUGACAACUGGGGAUGGACAGACCUCUAUCAAUUCCACCCAAAUCAAUCCACAGCCUAUACGAAGACCAUCCAUUUCUCCUACACCACAAAUAACAAUACAACCACAGAAUGGUAGAGCUGUUGAUAUGGUUACAAUAACACCACAACAUCAGGUUCCAAAAAUCACAAUCCGAGCUGAGAACUCAGCACAGCACAUUCAGAUUCAUCCAGCAGUAUCGUCUCAUUCUACAGUUCAAAUUCAGCCUUUAGUGUCAUCACCUCAGUCAACAGUCCAAAUUCAGCCAAUUGUAUCAUCUCAGUCAACAUUACAAAUUCAGCCAUUGGCAUCUUCUUCACAUUCAACAGUCCACAUCCAACCAUUAGUCUCAUCAUCACAAUCAGCAGUUCAAAUUCAACCCCUAGUUUCAUCUACAGCAUCAGCAAUCCAAGUUCGACCAGUUGUCACAAGUACGAAAGCCUCUUGUUCUGCACCUAGUCACAUUGCUUUGAUUCCCAUGGAUAACUUAGCUGCAGUAGGACAAAACUUAGGCUCAAGAACACCCAAAAUUAAUUCUGCUCCAUUAAGUAUGAUAACCCCAUCUUCACUUCCUGGAAAAACAUCUACCCCAGUUGACAGUGUGUUGGAGAAGGAUGGUUUAGUGAUGAUUAAUUCUAACCUAGCUUUACACAUUGUAUCAUCAUUACCGAGCACUCUAGAUACCGGUACUAGCACAACAAACACAACCACUAUCCGACCCAUUGCUAGUCACUUGACAAACAACCUCACCAUCUUACCUCAGAUGGAUGGAAGCAAUAUUGUUAACUCAAAGAAGGAGAGCGUAAAAAAUCCUGAUAUUCUUACUAUUGUGCCUCAGGUUGAUUUGAGUAAGAAAGUGUCUUUACUAAAGACAGCCACACCGGUUUCUAGUCCUCAUGUAGCAAGGAUUUCAAAGUCAUCUGUUGCGCCUUCUCAAGUUGUCAAAUUGUAUCUAUUACAACCCAAAGAUCCAAGGAGUGAUGGUACAGUGAAGCUGAGCAUAGCAGCAGAAACUUCUAGCAGAGUCAAUGGAAUUGAAAUACCUGUGCCAUUUGCAAGUGAGAAAGAAAGAACAAAGUGUGAAAAUUUCUAUUCAAAACAUGUUGAGGAAUCUGAUGAUGAUGAUGAAGGAAUGGUAAUUGAUGAUGGAAAGGAGGGGGAUGAUGAUAUGAUGGAUCCUCUUAGUUUAUGUGCUGUGACAAUGGAAGAUGAAAAUCUUGAUAUUUCAAAUAGUGGUAACCAAGCUGGUCAGUUUAAUCCCAGUACUGCUGCCAUUUCAACUGAUAAAGUCACCAUAAAAAAAGUACCUGUUAAAUCCAAAGGUAAGAGCAUCCAAGGAGUUGAUAUUGUGAAGUAUGAAGCCAGAAAAUAUGUUUGUUGUUAUUGUAACAGACGAUUUGGUUGGUCAACAGAUUUGAAACGACAUGUAAUUCUUCAUACUGGUGAAAAACCGUUUCAGUGUAAGGUAUGUCCAACAGCAUUCACGAGAAAAUUUCUUUUACAAAACCAUAUGAAAAGAAUGCACCCAGACAAAUGUAAAAUGUCAGACCUGUGGCCUUAGGAAAUAUUUGGCAUUUAUGGUCUUUCAUUACUAUAAAUUUUAGCCAGUGAUUUUUGGUGAUUUAAUUGUAAGUUUUACAGAACACUAAACACAAGAGUGAGGACACUGAUGCUUAGCAGUGCUGCUUAUGGGCAUUAAAACUCUUUCAAACCAUUCAUUAGUCAAAAUAUGGUCAAAAACAACUAUACAUGUAAUUACUUAGAUGCUAGUCAACAUAUCCUAUGGAAUUCAGCAAGAGUAAUUUCAUGAAGGCUUGGGACGGUACAGCAUGUGGUCACUAGCCCAUCAGGAAAUGGAACUUUCCACAUGCACUGAGGCAUAACUCUCUUAGGAGAAUUAAAAAAAAAUUACUGAAAUUGUAGUGUAAUGUAAGAUUUUUUAAUAUUUUGGGUUGAGCAAAGUUUUAUAUAGUUUUCAAGAACUUUAACUAUUGUGGUUAAUGGAAAAUCUCAAGUGUAGGUAAUUCUAGUCUUUAAGAGCAAAAGCCCACUGAUACAUACAUAUAUGCAUACAUACAUUGAUACAUACAUACUGUAUACUUACCAGAAGAUAUCAGAAACACUGCUGGGACAAGUAUGGAAGCCUUCAAGAGGAAACUGGACAAGUAUCUUCACUAAGUGCAAGAUCAACCAGGCUGUGAUGGAUAUGUGGGUCAGCAUGCUACCAGCAGCAACAGUCUGGUUGACCAGAAAAGCACCAGAUGAGCCUGGCCCAAGGCUGUACUCUGGGAGUAGAAACACUCUCAGAACUCAUCAAAGGUACAUACAAACUAACACGUUGCUGGGCCAAUUCUAGGAAUGCCUCAUUGGUCAGAAUGCAUAAAAAGGUCAUUGAAUAAUUUUUAUUGAGCAUUGACAAAUGUUCACCACAUUUCAGUUAGUCAUACAAACAUAUCAAAGUAACAUUAAAAAAAUAAGUUUAUAACCAAAAAUUGAUAAGAAGUGAAGAGGCAUAGAAAAGGCAUUGUUUACAAAGUACAUCACAGAUUCAGCAGUUAUCUGGAAUAUUAACAACAAGGCUUGGCAUCAGGACUACAACCAAAAUGAUUCAUUUAUUGUAUAGCAGAUUUGAACAGUAAUAGGUUUUUUCUGGCAUAUUAUAACUGUCAUUAACUGGCCACUAUAAGAUUUGCUUCCAUGGAAGCCUAGUAGGUUUAGUGGGCUAGGAACCUUCUGUAAGAAUUCAAAAUAAAUAUUCUUUUCUGUUAGUAUAGAAAAAUU